AUUUAGUUUUCGUAAGGUGAGUGUAUGUAUUGUCUGGCCACGUUUGUCAAGGGUCACGUGUUUGUAAUGGGUAUUAGCAAACAAUGAAUGCAGUAUAACGUGUAAAGACCAAGUCAAAGAUUAACAGCAUUAAUUAUAAGCUGAUUGUUUGGAGUCAACUGCUAAAGCUGAAUUCAAGAUGGAGUCUGUUGUGAUGGCUACGUUUUGCACCCUUGUCAUCUAUCUGUUCCUGCAGUUUGUUAACUUCCAGGCUGCUAUUGGACCGGAUAGUCCGAUGUCACUAGGGUGGUUUAAGAGUUCAGUAGGUAACCUCUCAAACAAGUACCCGACCCCUGUCACACCUGCCGGCUAUACCUUCAGCAUCUGGGGUCUGAUCUACCUCUGGAACUUCGCAUGGAUCAUCUAUGUCUUGACGACCUUAUGUCGUACCAACAGCCGCGGACCGGUCUUCCUUAACCCUCCGGCUACCACCGUCAUGUUCCUCAAUAGCUUCAUGUUAAACAACGUGGCCAAUAUGCUCUGGUUGGUCUUGUGGGAUCGAGAGUACCUGACUAGAUCAACCCUAGCCCUGUGUCUGAUCGUACUGACCCUGUAUGUAGGGUUGUAUAUCAGUCUCACCAGUGUCUACCAGUAUCUCGCAGACUUCAAGGACUAUGCAGAAUCCGAUCUUUGGGCCUAUCGAGUCUUGGUACAUAACGGCCUAGCAAUCUACGCUGCCUGGACUACGGCUGCCUCGCUCGUCAACCUCUCCGUCACACUCAUAUACGUAGCAAGACUACCGAGUGACGUCGCCACCUACGUCUGUCUAACUACACUAGCCGUCAUCCUCAUCGUCUACUUCGUCUUUGAGUUGUUUGUCUUCGAUGUCUACACCCGUUACGUCUUCAUGGUAUACCCAACCUUCAUCUGGGCCUUGGCUGGUAUCAUGGUUGCUAACGGUGAUGAUACUAACAGCCCCGUGUUUGUAUACAGCGCCAUCCUCGUCUCGAUCAGUUUCAUCUUCUUCAUCGUGAAGACUGUUCUCAUGAUCAUUCGCGAUCCGGUCUACCUUUUCGUUAAGAUGACCAAAGUCGAUUCCACCACGUAUAAACACAUGAUCUAAACAAUGGAAUGGUGACCAUACGCUAUAUUAAACAUAUUAUUCAAAUCAAGAAAGAAGAACGAUACAGAAUUUCGAGACAUGUAUGGCAAAUAAAAGCAUAAUUAUCAUAAUAGGCCUGCGUGAGACUGCGAUUAGUUUAGCAAAAUAGAUGUUAUUAUACAUCUGAAUUAGUGUUAAUGUGAAAUUAUCAAGAAACGUGUAUGAAUAUCUUAGUUUCUUUAGGUUCACAGUAAUAACAUUCAACUGAUGACAUCAGAAAUUGCAUUAAACCUUGGUUAAAGACAUUUAAAGUGCUAUUCCACUCAUGUAAUGUCUAUUUUGGGGGGUAAGACUUAACAGGGAACAAGCUCGAUUUGGUGAGGGAAUUAAUUAUUUUCAAACUAAAUUUAAUUACCCGAAUAUUUGAUAGGACAUGACCUUAUUGUUUCACAGGAAAAAAGGGAGAAAACGGGGAGGGGGAAUGCAUACUCAGUUUCCAAUUGCCAAAUAAAGUCACAGAUCGACGGGCUCUAAUUGUAGGCAUGUAAUUUAUAUUCAAUGUAGCACGAAAUUUGCCCUUUCUACUGACGGCAUCAAAAUUAAAACAACGCCCUCUGUGAAAAACAGUAACUUCGUUGACCGCGUUGAUGGUAGUGUUCAUGCCACAAGAUAUCAAUGAAAGGACAAAACGAAAGAACUAUGAACUUUUUAAUCAUACAUGAAUUUGACAGAGGAAUAGGCUAAUCGGUUUUGCCGAAGAAAUUUAUUUUGCAUGAACGUCUUGCUAGGGUAUCCAACCUAAAGGGGAGGGGGGGGGGCUGAAGGGAUAUUAACCCUACCCAAAUCAUUUGGAACUAACCGUGUAUUUAAAUCGUAUGUGUAGCAUUUUUAAUAUUUAAUUUUGUUUAAUGUGUUAUUCCUCUUUUAUACAAAAUUGAUCGGCACCCCUUCGACUUGCUAAACGUAAAACUAUUAUCAAUAUUAUUAUCAUCAAAUGCAAAUAUAAAUCGAAUCUGAAGUUUAUACAAAAAAAGUUAAACUAAAUUGUUGUACGAUAUGUUAAUACCUUUACUUUCUUAUCAUUGGAAAGAUUAUGGAAGGUUAAUUUCAUUAAAUUACCUUUACUUUACCUUCCCAAUAUUUCUCCUGUAUUGUUCUUCAAAUAAAGAACAACAUUUUUUGGAGAAUAAUAAAUCACAAGACACCUUUCGCAAACAGGUAAAGAAAGUGAGUAGUAGUUAUUUUAUAGGCCAUUUCCAUCAUCGAAAUGUUUCUAUUUGUCAUUAUGACAAUUUAUUUCAAAUUUCCUUUACAAAUGUAUGUGCGUAUUCUUUUUUUAAAUUCCUAUAUAGCUUAAAUUUGUCUAAAAUAAGAGUCAUGAUCAUGAUUUUAUUUGUUACCUUGAGCAACCUUUAUGAAAUCAAGAAAUAUUGGCCAAUCUGUGAUCCUUCCUUUUACAGCGUGUAAUUCUACAACAUUCUCAAAAUUAUCAUAACAUUAUCUUCAUUAUUGAGCUAAUGAAUUCAGAUGGUUUUGAUUUCCUGAAUCUCCUUUUUCGUCAUUUAAUUUAUACUAUACCUUAGAUGUAGGACCCACUUGCUUUACAAUUGGUCGAUGUGAAAUAAAUAAUGUACAGUGAUCGUAUAAGCAACCAAAACCGCAAUAAACACUUUCUAAUGUGCAAUGAUCUUUA